CCCCUCCCUCCGCCACCAUAAAGGUCAACGCUUUGUACAUACAUAUAUAUCCACCAUGUCAACUCGACCACCCAAGUCUCACUACCCCAGUUCCUCGUCAACAGACUCUGACAGCUCCUCCUCACCGUCGUCGUCGGACACCGAUCUCUCUAUCCGGACCAGUAUGGAUGUUCAGCCGGUUGCAUCGGUCGAGGUCCUGCGCUGCCUGCGCUGCCACCGACAUGUCGAGACCACCUCGACCGACGACCCGGCCUCGACGGGCAUGAUUCGAGUAGGGUUCAACCUCUACUACUGUCAAAAAUGCGCGAUAGCUGUCGGAUACAAAUGAACAACACGCCUCGCUCUCUUCUCCUGCCCUGGCCGCGCUCGAACGACGACGGACGAACUACGGCUGGCAAAUCGCUCUCCACAACACGACGCUCUGUUACUGCUACUGCUACUGCUAC